GAAACUAAACUAACCCGCAGCAAAGCCGCAGCAAACACUAUUGCGACCCCAACUAAUUUACGUACCGACUUUCAGUUGAGCCAAGCUUCGAUUUCUGAGUGUCUGAGUUAGAGCGAGCCGCAGCGCAUCUUCGAGUUAUUUUGAUGGCUUUCGUCGAGCUGUGAAGACAUCGCGCAGUGCAUACUCGUCGCUUUUAACGUGUCUUACAUUGUCGUGCCGAUUGCCUUGCAUUUCGCAUUAAGGCAUUAAGUGUUCCAAACUUACUUACAAAUGAAGAUACACAUUUAAACGUUUCUACGGUUCAUUCUGAAGUCGUGAAUUCGCAGUGAUUUAACAGAAUUAAAAACGUUUUUAUGCUGAAUUUUGAGAAGCAAUUCCAAUUUGGUUUAAAUUUUGUAUUGUGUGUGAUUUUGCAGUUUUCGUAUCUGUCGUCGAAUGUGUUUUCGAAGUCGCUUGGAGAACAACGAGCGGGAAUUGAUCUUGGCAUUAUUGAAAUCACUUUAAACCUACUUUUAAAUUUGACUACAAUCGAAGAAGUGCUUCAGUGUUUUAUAACUUUCAGUGUUUGAUUCGAUUUGUGUUGGUUGAUAGCGAUUCUAGUGCUAUUGCUUGUGCUGUUGCAGAUACUUUUUAGUGAUCAUAACUGAAACUGCAAUUUGAAACCUCGCAGUGUGGUUUUGGUGCCGAUACCGAAUGGCGAAUGGCGAAUGCCGAAUUGUAACAGGGCUUAAGCAUCAUUAAAUGCACAUUAAAUGCAAAAUAAAAUUUAUUGAACUAUUAUUAAAUAAAUUAAAGCAGAAUCUAAAAGAUUUGUUUUGCAAUCUUUGAGCUAAUUAUUGGUAAUAUAAUUGCGUUUCUCUGACUUCUCGAUUUCAGUAGUUUUCUAUACUUUAUCUAACCGAAAUUUGUGUUGUGACAAGUUCGGCUGCGGUUCAGUGUCUUAUGUAACUUUGCAACAAUAACAUCAAAAACUAUUUGACAUUUUUUAUUUAAUAAAAAAUAUAAAAAAAAAUAUUUCACUAUUUAAAUACAAAAAAGUGAUAUAUAGCAAUUAGUGAUCCGCAGAUUAGAACUAUAUUUUUUGUUAUUGUUGAAAUGCAUCAAUUAAAAGAAUUAUAUAUUUUUAUUGCAUUAGCAAUUUUUUUAACCAGUUGCAAUGCUGAUGAACGAAAUCCAAAAAAACGUCAAAUAUAUCGAGAAGAAGUGCUACCGCAUGCAGGUGGUCGUAUACCAGAUACAGCAUUCGAAACUGAUCGACUUUUCCUAAAUCGACUACAAAAAGAAGGAAUUUCAGUACCCGAUGGUAUUGUACCAGAACAACGCAACCCACAAGUUUAUCCUUAUCAACAUAAAAGUUCAAGAACAGUUUAUCAUAUAGCACUAAGUUCAGAUGCACGUUAUAUACCUGCUGAAGGCAGAUAUCACUAUCAAAAAGAUAUUCCAACAGUUGAAACAACUUAUUUAUUUCCGCAAAUACAUGGUCAGAAUAUAGAUCUGAUGCCAACGAUGCCAGCAUAUCCAGUUUACAAACAAUUUCAAUUACACAAUCCACUUUUGAAUCAAGUGCGAUUGCAACCCAAGAAAAAAGCUCAAUUAUUCAAUGUAUCGCCAACUGUGCAGAAGGCACGUAAUAAUCCUUACAAAGUAGAGACUUACCAGAAUGUGAAUUUACUUAAUAUACCAGUGAGUCCAACUUAUGGUAAACCAAUGGGCAAGAAUAACAAACAAUAUUUGCCAAAUUACGGUUCGGCACAUCUCUUUAAUGAGUUCGAUGAUUUAUUCCAUGAGUUGGACAUAAGCGAAACUAGCGACAGACCUGCUAAUGGCUAUGAGAAGGCAAAAUUCUAUCCAUCGACAAAAUUGGUUUACUGAAAUUUAUUUUUACAUUUUUACAAAUGAAAUUGUAUUAUAGUUUAAGUCCUACUUUUAGAUAUCGAAAUUGUAUACAUUUAAUUAUAGAUUAGCCAAUUCAAAACAGCUUUUAGUAAAUUUUU